GCCCAACACCAACGACCAUACUCUCAGAAUGUUAUAUUCAUGGACGAAAAGGAUCUGAGCAUGCUCGAUGUUGAAAUGACAGAAUCAUUCAUUAGUACGACUGUCAUUUCUGAUUUAACAAAUCCAGCCGAAUUCGUGCGUGGAUCGCCAGAAGCAGAGUUUGGAAGAAAACGCAUUGGGUGUGUACACCUUCCGAAGCCACUUGCCAAGGGUAUUUUGGACUUGAUUGAAGCACAGCAUGAUAAGAGGCUGAUUCGUGUGGAUGCUUUACGACUGUACGAGGCCAUGAGAUCAACAGCAAGGAUUCCUGAACCGCUUGAACAAGAUCCCACAAAAAAACCUAAGAAGACACCUAAUCAAGAAGUCCUUGAACCACACAAUGUAUCGUAUGGUCCUCGUGAAGCAUUAGCAUAUACCGCAGGUGUUUUACCCGCAUCAUAUGCUGCCAUUUUCAACGUAUUAGAAGAGGUCAAUAGUCGUCUUGGUGAUUUUAAGCCAAAAACCAUGCUUGAUUUUGGUACUGGCCCCGGUACAGCCAUCUGGGCUGCUCAAGAAGUUUUUGAUAUCGACAAAUAUGUGGGAGUAGAUCUAUCUGAAGACAUGUUACGUGUGGCUGAGAACCUAGAGGAGUGCACCAAGAAGCCUGAUUCAUCUCCUAUUGAGUUCAAACGUUAUCUGGCCUUUGAUCCAACGAUCUCCAAACCAGACCUCGUUGUGAGUGCUUUUGCAUUGGGUGAUAUAGCCUCAACUGCACUACAGAAAUCAACUAUUGAGCAGUUAUGGGAACAAGCAGGGGAUGUUCUAAUUUUGAUCGAACGUGGCACUCCAAUUGGAUUUUCAGCCAUUGCUCGGGCUAGACAAUGGAUCCUUGACGCUGAGAAAGAAAAAGAAAAGGACGUCCAUGUGGUGGCACCUUGUCCUCACGACCGUCCCUGUCCUCUUUUAUUCUCUCCUGAAGCUAAACCGUCCAAAACUUGGUGUCAUUUCUCCCAAAGAGUAGAAAGACCAGCAUUCUUGAUGAAGACGAAGCACUCAAAAUUCAACACAGAAGAUGCAAAGUACUCGUAUGUUGUACUACGAAGAGGAAAACGGCCAUCAACCAAAAAUGCCGAGUCUCCAUUUGAGAGAGCAGCUUUUUCAUGGCCACGUCUAAUCCAACCACCCUUAAAAAACAAGGGGCAUGUGGUUAUGGAUCUGUGUGUUCAGAAUGGUGAGAUUCAGAGAACCUCGAUCCCAAAAUCCCAAGGAAAGAUUCCUUACCGAGAUGCCCGCAAGUCUAUGUGGGGAGAUUUAUUCCCACACCCUUCCAAAACAAAGAUGGUAACACGUGUGUCUGAAGGUGUGGUUGGCCCGGAAGAAGUCCAGCGGAAGCAUAAAAAGGCAAUCUAAGCAAGCCCUUUAACACAAAAGACUUGUGUUCAUUCAUUCAUCCAUUUAUUUAGUUCAUGUUUAUCGAUUUUAAUCAAUGUAGAUAUAAAAAUACGCAUUAAGAC